AUGCGCUUCCACGUCCUCGGCGUUGGGCCCGUAGGCACCCUAGUCGCGCACCAUCUUCGCCACACCCUAUCCGAUGCACACUCCGUCGUCCUCAUCCAUAAAGCCCUUGCGCAGAUGCGAUUCGCGCAGCGCAUGGACAACACUCUCGUAAUGGAGCGCGACGGAGUCAAGCAGCUCUCAGGCGGAUAUCGCUCGGAGGUGUUCAUCCAUCGCAGGCAACUCAAACAAGACAAGCUGGCCGACAGGCUGCGGAAAAGAAUGGAAUGGAAAAAAAAAGCGGGGAUCACAGAAGAGGACCGUGUCCUCAAAAGCUGGGUGGCGCAGGCUGACAGCCCGGAAAAUUUGGCGCCUUCUGCUGAGAUCGAGUCGCUCUUCGUCACGACAAAGGCGUACAACGUGGUCUCUGCCAUCCAAGAACUCGUUCCUCGAUUGAACAUCAAUAGCACCAUCGUGCUUAUGAACAACGGUAUGGGAGUGUAUGAAAAGCUCCUCGAGACUGUCUUCCAGAACCCUGCGUCGCGUCCCCACUUCAUCGUCACUGUCAACGAUAAUGGUGCGUUUCUCAGGCGUUACAUGCACGUCAUACAUUCUGGUCUUGGCUCGAUCAGAUUUGGGAUCGUAGCAGACUCAGAUGGGCGUGAUUAUGAGGCCAGCCUCUACGACACAGACCUUCCUCGAGACGCGCGCAAACUUUCCCUCGACUCGAUUGUGGAUCCAAAUGGCGAAUCGGCUGCUCGCUAUCUCUCCUUACGCAAUACCGUCGCAGCUCUGUCCAGCCUGGAGGGACUCGGCGCGGUCUGGGAACCCAUGUCGGAUGUUCUCAUCGCGAUGAAGCGGAAGGUCGUGGUCAACGCGGUCAUCAAUCCCUUGACAGCCUUGAUGGGAUGUCGGAACGGCGAUAUCUUUGAGACGGAGGGGGCAAAGCGUAUCAUGGAGCGCGUCUGCCUGGAGGCCUCGUGGGCAUUCGCUGCCGAGUUCUGCACUCAAGAAGAAGAGGCCGCCCCCAACAAUGGAGCCACGCUUAAACAGAGGGCACGCGCCAUCGCUCUUGGGCAGAAUGUCGUAACAAACUUUCCGCCAACGCUGACGGCCGAGGCACUGCAGGCGGAAUGUAUCCGUGUGGCGAAGGCAACAGCAGGCAAUGUCUCAUCUAUGUUAGGCGAUGUGCAGAAGGGUAAGGGAACAGAGAUCAUCUACAUGAACGGAUACUUGCUCCAGAUCGGCACAGCGCUCAGGAUACCUAUGAACACAACCGCUACAUUAUUGAAUCUCGUCAAGAUGCGGACAACUAUUCCGAUAGACCAGAUGCUCAAGUAG